GAAUAUUCACAUGCUCGUCUCACUUUGUUUUCUUUUCUGUCUCUAGACUGUCCAAGGGAUACACCCGUCGACGACCACGACGUGAAUAUUCUCUUCCCACUGUGCUUUCCUUUUUCCUGGCCUGGGCUUUCAUCCUCUAUACUAUAACUUACUAGGAGCAAGGACUGUCUCUAGCUAACUUGGGCUCUCCUCACCCCAUAGCUUCCAGUCACUCGAACCCAAGAGAGAUCAGGAGGCAAGUGGCAGUGGCAUAUGUGGAGAUCGUGCAUGGGGCUCCCAAGUCUGGAUUUCUUUGUGUGCUAGGAUGGCUUGCUCCCUCGUACCAAGCAACCGGCCGCAAUUGGAGGAGCUGAGGAGAAGGCUAGGGAAGAAGAAGAGGGUUGGUUCCUUCCUCCUCAACUUGCGGAGAGGAGAGGGAUCCAGCAGCCAACAUGGAGCUCGAGGUGAGCGGCAGUACUAGCAGCGCGAGGAAGAGGCGCAGCACACGGUUGAGGAAGGCGGCAGACGAGCAAGGCGAGGAGCAAGGAGGAGGAGGCGCGCUGAGCGUACGAAUGCCCGUCUAUCUCAAUGUCUACGAUCUCUCGCCCAUCAAUGGCUACAUGUACUGGGUCGGCCUCGGGAUGUUCCACUCGGGCAUUGAAGUUCACGGAGUGGAGUACUCGUUCGGUGCCCACGACUUCUCCAGCAGCGGCGUGUUUGAGGUGAUCCCGCGCAGCUGCCCGGGCUACACGUUUCGAAAGGCCAUGGUGCUGGGCAGCACCGAGCUGAGCGCUGGCGACGUUCGCGAGCUGAUCGAGAGGAUGUCCAUCGCCUACACGGGCGACUCGUACCAUCUCAUCUUGCGUAACUGCAACCACUUCACCAACGAGGUGAGCCUGCGCUUGACGGGCUGCGCCAUCCCCGGCUGGGUCAAUCGCCUCGCAAACAUUGGCAUGUGCUCCUUCGGCUCCUGCAUCAUGUGCUACAGGCUCCGCGUCCACCACCAAAACUCCUCCCCGCCGCCCAUGCUAGCUCUCAAGGAUUGCUGAUCCAGAGAAAGCCCACUUGGCCAAGUGUAUAAGAUCCAUCCACGCUUGUCUCUUU